AUGAACUCCGAGCAUGAGAUCGGGUUGGCCGACACCUAUACCUCGAGACACCUGGACGAAGCUCCCAUGGAGUCACAUGAAACGGCCCAAACGUCUGGAGGUUGUCCUAUGAAGCUCGAGGCCAUGUUGACCGAGGAUGACUUCCCUCACAUGCAGAAUCACCGGACUUAUGUUGGACCCAAGUUUGUCUCGGCCGGUUCGACGACCACUAAGGUUGAGCUCCAACACUUCUUCACCAUUAAUUCAGAACCUCCUUUGAGCCAUCCUUCUGAGGCGGUCCCCGAAGACCCAAUUCCUCAGGCAAAUAUGGUAGAUCCUCAUGCUACCCUGGUCGACCAAGCAACUGUCAUCAACAAUGUGUAUGAGCUAACUUCCACCAUUCCCCUUAAUGGAGAAACAAAACUUGAGCCUAUCCUUCUGUUGACAUUAGAAGCUCUCAUAAGACCCUUAGCAAGUGGCAUAGGCCAUGACGUGGUUUUGAUGUUCUGCACCAUGCUAAAGCAAGCCAAAGGUGCAUAUGAGAAGCAUAACAAUGUUAGAACAAGUGAGUUUUGGGCUGGGUAUAGGCAGCAAAACUUGGCAGCAGUGCAUCAAGACAUAGCAGUCAGCACAAUAGCACAUGGCAGGGCUGGGACAUGCAGCGUGCAGCGCAGAUUUACAAGCAGUGAUCACAACGGAUGUAGACAGGAUGUGGGAUGGAUGUGGCAGUUGGCUGACAGACGUGUUGUAAUGGAGUGCUGCAAGCUUAAAAUUCAGGAUGUGGCUGAUAGCUGGAGCAAGUGCAGGCGGUUACAUGAGUGUGGCUGCAUGUUCCAAGGAGUGAUAGAGAUUUUUAGGAGUAAAAAUCAGCUCCGUGACCAAAUGGGCUGUAAGGUGGCGGCAAGAGUGGGCUAG